UUGUCUUCUUCAUCCUCCUCCUCCUCCUCCUUUCUCUCUGCAAACCCUAAUUUUCUUUUUUUCUCCCUAAACUCUCUCAUCUUCCUCUGCCUCUCUUUACCUUUUCAUUUACAAAGAAACUGAGACUAUGAUAAAGAUAACUUAAAACUGCCGGCAAUUCAAAAACUGACAAGAAAACGCACGAGAUCUGAUCUCAUUCAUAAUUCGAAUUCUGAUCCGAAAUUAAGACACUUUCAUUCUGGUAAUUUUCUCAGAUUUGGGUUUUAAUAAAUGGAGAGGAAUCCGUGUGACAUGAUGAAUCAGCUCGAUUCAGAUUCGCAUCUCCCUCCUCGUAAGAGAUUACUAGCUGGAUUCAAGAAACUAAACCCCAACAACAACGUCAAUGGAUCUUCUCCUUCUGAUUUCGCUUCUUCUUCCUCAACUUCAAACUCUAACGGAUCUUCCUCUGCUCCAACCCAUGUCCAGACCCAUCUCGACAAUUUGUUAGCUUCCCGUUUCAACAAUGAUCAGUCACCGGAAGAGCUCGUUGCCUCGACGAGAUCCGCAGCUGCUUUAGCGGUUAAAGCUGCAAAGGCUGCCAGGGCGAUUGCGAACGAAAAGGCUUUGGUUUCCGCCAGGGCGAUCGCUGCGGCUAAGAGGGCAUUGGAAUUUGUUGAUUCUUUCCCUAAAGAAGCUAUCCCUGAUUCCAAGGAGAGGUCUCCUAAGAAGAACAAGCAGAAGAAACAUGUCCCCGUCGAGCUUUUGUAUUCCAAGGGACAACAGCUAAGAAGAGACGAGGGAGAUGAUUUAGCGCGUAGGUUGCAUCGAGCUAUAGACAAUACGUAUCCUAGAGUCUUGAGAACUUACUCGGAAUUCGAGGAGAAUGGUCAGAGAUACAAGAAGCAUAAGAAGAACAAGAACGUAGUUGAAGCUGGUGGUGGGAGUAGUAGUAUUAUAGUAACAGGUUCUAUGAAGGACAUUGCGGGAGUCGUGGAUUCAGACAGCUCGUAUGAAGGGUUAGAGAUAGCUAGAUCAAACAGGGAUGAAGAAGCGGAUUCGAAGAAAGCAGGGGAGGAAAGCAGCUCAUUGGGUAAAAGAAGAGGAAGAGUGAAGCUAAAGAAGCUUCCUUUGAGCAUUUGUAAUUCUAGAAACCAAGAAAACGGAACUACCUCCGCGUCUACGUUACCGGUGGCUCAGCCGCAGGAGGACGGCGUGAUCCCGGCUUGGAAAUGCCAGGACCUCAAGGCGGCUCCAGAAUGUGUGAAGCAGAACAAAGCCGUACGGUCAUCAUAGUGAUCGCCCUACAGAAGAAAAUGACUCGUUUUUUUUCUUCAAAAUUUGGUCAAGCAUUGCCAUUUUCAGUAUAAGAUUCACAUUGUUGUUUCCUUUUUUGGAUGUGUUUUGAGUUUUAUGUUAUAUAUUGUUAAAUAUAUACAUAUUAAUACACUUUAUUUGCCAUUACAGUUGUGUAGAAGAAGAAGGUUUGAUAUUUUCGGAUUCAUAGAUGAGCAUGAAAUGUAAUAAAGUUAUGUACUUUUUU